GAAUCUAGUUUUUUCAUCGUUAUUCGCCUAUACGCCUAGAUACCGAACAUCAAAUAAAAGCCCAACGUUAGAGGCCAAUAGUUAAUGGUUAUACUUCGUAAUAGAGCAAUAAGUAUAGUGGACUAAUAGACAUCAAAACAAACUGUUUAUUCCAUCAGACUAAUUGUCUGAAGAUUUGCCUGUACGGAAAUACAGGUCUAUAUAAUUAACACCUAAGGACAAACGGUUUAAAUUGAAACUAUGCAACAUAGAUGUUUGGACAGAAGAAGGAAACUGACAACUCCUUGAAGUUGAUCUUAAAUUCGUUAUAGGUGCAAUAAGUGACUCAGUCAUGGCUAAUAACAGUCAAAUCAGUAAUGGAAGUGGCGAUGACGUCAUAGACAACUGUAAUAAUGACUUUCCUUAUUCAGAUUUCUACCUGGAACAUCUGAACGUUGUAGAAAAGGUAUUUAUAGCGGCUGGUGGAGUUCUUACCCUAAUAACUUUGUGUAUAUUUCUAUAUGAACUACGAUGGAUCUGGUUUACUAGACAUUAUAAUAAUGUUCUUUAUAUUAUCAUCUGGCUACUGGGGCUCUAUCCUAUGGCCAGUUUUUGUUCCAUGAUCGCCACCUUGGCUCCAAGAACAGUUUUAUUCUGCGAGUUUGUCGCAGCAGCUUAUUUGGGUAUCUGUUUGUAUAAAUUUGUUGGGCUGAUUGUUACGUAUUAUGGUGGUCUGGAUCAAAUGGUUGUCAAGAAAACCGGAAGUGUCAUAGCAUUACGAUCUCCACCAUUAGCCUGUUGUUGUUGCUGCUGUCCUUCUGUAGAACCCACCAAGCAGAAUUUAGUAAGAAUGCAGUAUUUAGUGUUACAGUGUGCCAUGGUUAAACCACCAUUGAUGUUUAUAGCUACUAUCUUAUGGACAGAAAACCUCUACUCUAAAUCGAUAUUUUUGGAGAAACACAGAUCCUUGAGAGAAAAAAUUAAUCAUUAG